AUGCCAAUCAGUACCCUGUAUUGCUGCGGUUCGGUCUGUAGCACGGCUAUUGCAACAGAAGCGCGACGGCGCACAUCACCGAGAGAAAUGUUCCGUAUGGAACCGACCGGAGGUACAACAAAAACCGGUGAAGCCCUUCACUACGCCAUCAAAGAAUUCGCGGACAAGAAGCACGGCGCGAGAAAGAAUGCGCGGAAAUUCAUUGUACUGUUCACUGAUGGAUACGCACAGGACGACCCUGUGGAAGCUGCCGAUACUGCGCGAGAACAAGGCAUUACCGUUUUGGCUGUUGCUGUCGAAGAUCGAUUCAAGCCUAAUGAGCAGGAGCUCGUCGAGGUCACUAAGAAUAGAGAUGUGAGUUGA